AUGGCCUCUGAAGAGCAGCCGGUCACCCAGCCGUUGCGUAUCUCCAAGGCUAACACCCCCUCUUCGUCGCCGACUAAGAGUAGCAUUCCUCGGCCCCUGUCUGAGAUCUCAGCCACAGAGCAGCGGCGCAACUCGCCUAGCUGGAUCCAGUCUCCCAAGAAGAUGGGUCUGAAUACCGACUCGUCUCCAUUCCAGUCCUCCCCUCUGGAUGGCGCCGCCUCGCCGCGCCUGUUCUGGCAGAACCGCAACAUCAAUAACCGCAUCGAGAAUGAGCUGUAUGGUGGCCGAACCGGCUCUCCGUCGCCUAAUAGGCGGUCUUCCAUUGAGCGCUUGCAGAAGGCGUCGCGAGUGAAGAACAGCACCAUGUUUGCGCGGGAGCAGAAGCAGGAGUAUGACCCGACGCGCUUUCCAACCCUCGAGCGCCCCCUCGCCAAGGUGCAGGGCAAUGCUUACGGCGGCGCGGGCAUUGGCGGCUUUCGAUCGACGCAUGGCCGUUCGGACAGCCAGUCGAGCAUUCCGCUUUUGAGCUCUCCUAGACCUCCCCCUCGCCCGACCCCAGCGCCAACCGGGCCGCAGACCCCUAGCAAAGAGCAGACGUCUCCCAUGAAGUCGUCGUUGUCUUCGACUCGCUUGAGGAAUGAUCAGGAUUCUCCGGGCGGCGACGUAUUCUCGGACAAUUCGUUCCACGAACACCAGCUUCCCAGCGGCAAGUUCCUGCACCGUCACGCCAAGUCUGUCACGUUCGAUGCAGCGCCGCCUCAAGUAAAUGAGUACGAGAUGGCAACCCCAGAUAUGUCUUCUGUCGGCACUGGUUCUCGAGAAGGUAGCUUUGAAGAUGACGAUGACGACGACGAUUACCUCUAUGAAAACUACCCCGGCGACGAUGCUCAUGGCCAAGACGAUAGCUUCGACGCGACGCUGGAGGAUACCGACAAGACGCCGGUGGUGGGUCCUGACGAUUGGCGUCAAGAUCGGGAUACUCGUUACGAUAGUAGCCCGAUGCCUGAGGGCUUCCCAUCUCCGGCUGCUACUACCCGCCCACAGCAUUCCCGCACCGAUUCGUCCACAACCUCUAGCAGUGACCAUCGGCCACUGCCACCUCUUCCGGGCGUGGGCCAUGCUAGAUCUCAGUCUGCCUCUUCAACCGGAUAUCCCGCCGCAGCUGAGCGCAUGGUUGGAUCGCCACGGAGCCUCCCUUCACCGCCACCUGCGACCGCAGGCAAGCCCGAGAUUCAUAACAUUGGCAACGGCAAUAUGUCUCUAGAGGAGCGACUGAAGCUUAUGAUGCUGUCGGACGAGACGAGCCCUAAGUCUGCCAGUGGCGCCGAGAAGUCUUUCGCGGAGCAGCAGAGAGAGCGUAGGAUGAGGCGAGCUGGUCCUCAUAAUAGGGCUACGAGUCCUACGCCGGAGCGCGAGGACCUGGAAGCUGAAGGAAACGAAGAGGAUGACACCGUCGGUGAUCUUUCGGGUUUCGACAUGGAUUACCAACUUCCUAGCAUCUCUCGUCAAUCGAUCCUGCGUCGUGUUAAUGGCAACAAGGCAUUCGAACGAGAAUCUGACUUCAAUUUUAAUUCGCCAGCUCCCGACACCAGUCCCUCCCGUGAACUUCCCUACGAUCCUGAUGUUCCGAUCGCUAGUAUCGAGGACUCGGUUCUAGAUGAUGAUGACGAAAGCGAGGGUAGCGUUGUUCUUCACGAGAACGAGGAGGGCAAGGGCGAAACCUACGAUGCCUAUCCGCACUCCGAGGAUGGAGGGGUAUCGCCUCAGAAGGAUGAAAAAGAGAAGCAUGAUGAGGAUGAUCGAGAAGAAGACGAUGACCUAGAUGACGACGAGAGUCAUUACUCCGAUGAUGUCUCUGAAGUCUCUGAAGAAGAGGUCGAGAAGCCACAGCCUGCGGUCGCACAGCCUGAAGAAGAAACGGUCACAACGCCCCGAGCGGCCAGCCCCCCCAUACCUGAGGGUACCAUUACGAAUUUCAGCGCUACACUUCCCAAAGUGAGCAGUACGUCUAAGGAGCCUGAGUUUACGCGUAGCCUGCAAUCAUACAUGCUCCCGAAGCCUAAAGAGCAGGGUGCCCUCACUCAUCUGGAGAGCCACAAGAUGUCUGAUGCUCAGGCGUACUUAAAACGGCCUGAUACCCCGGAAAAGCCUUUAUCAAAGGCACUGUAUGACGGUUCGGGAUGGGGCGACCCAGAAGAGGAAGAAGAGAUGCCUGGUACCCCCGAGUCCGUCAUCCACCACCCCGUCUCGGACGAUUACGAUGACGAUGAGGAAGACGAGAUGGAAGAUGAGACAAUUGAGGAGGAGCCUCCAGCGGCGGAGAAAGAGGAGACUGAGGAGACUGCGGCAGUUGAGGUAGUGGUUGAACCGGCCGACGAGCAGAGCGACGAAGAGCCCGUCGAGUCACCCGCAAUCCCUGAGCAGGAGGCGACCAUCAAAGCUUCCGGCUCCAAGCUCAAGACUCGCGCGUCUGCGACCCCGUCUGACAUCAUGGCUAUGCGUGAGGCUCGCCGGCAAGUGAGCCGCGAGAUUGCGCCCGAUGUCCCGCCUAUUCCGGAUAGACAUCGCAACCGCCUCUCUCGGGAUCUGGCGCCAGACCAGCUGACAGUCCCCAGUGGUGAUGACUUCCUAGAACGUCACCCAAGCUUCAAGCAACGCAGCUUGACAUUAGAUCUCGACUUAGGCCUCAGUCUCGACCAGGACUUUGAGCGAGUCAUUGAGGCACAAAAGGUCGAGCUCCAGAAUUUUCCCUACAGUUACCAUCUUCUCGCUGCAAGCAACAGCCCGACGAGACAAGUGUCUCGCUCUACCUCCAGAAACAAGGACGACGGAGACCACACUUCUCAGCCGGAAACGCAUGCUAACAUCAGUUAUCGUAAACAGCGCGGCUACCUCAUGCGUCAAAACACGAAACUUGUCACCGCCAGCGACAAGGAUACGGAGGAAGCCCGCGCCGGAACUCGCUCGGCUGGUAACUCGCCGAUCAAACAGCAGCGACCGCAGUCGUGGACGGUCGAACCUUGGAAUGGUAAGCACAGGAAGAGCAUUAAGAAGCGGACUGGACCGACCACGACGGGCCCGAUGCCGCCUAUGCCCGGCCGCGAUAGCAACUCCACAGCCGUAAGCUCGCUACCCGAAGAGGACAGCCACGAGCUAGCCACCGAAGAAUGCGGCGAGCGGGGCAGAUUGUUCGUAAAAGUCAUGGGUGUGAAGGACCUCGAUCUUCCCCUUCCUAAGAAUGAGAGAACAUGGUUUAGCUUAACGUUAGAUAACGGCGUCCACUGUGUUACCACUGCUUGGCUCGAGUUGGCCCGCAAUGCGCCGAUCGGGCAAGAGUUCGAGCUUGUCGUGCCUAAUGAGCUGGAAUUUCAGCUCACCCUAAACGUGAAGUUGGAGCGCCCCGAGCCUCAGAGCGUUCCGGUCUCGCCGACCAAGGUACCUAAGCCAAAGACUUCCACCUUCUCCCGCGUUUUUGCUAGUCCGAAGAAGCGGAAAGAGAUGGAAGCUCGCCAGCGAGCAGAGGAGGAGGCGUAUGCCCAGGCCCAGCGGGAUGCCGCUACUAAGCAGAGAGGCCUCAUACCCUCCGCGUGGGAUCUCCUGUCUCCCCUAGCAGCAGAUGACGGAAGCUUCGCCCGCGCGUACGUCUGCCUCAAAGAACACGAAUCUCGUUGCUACGGCCGGCCUUAUAUGGUCGAAGUCGCAACCUACAACGAAUGGGCAACCGAGGAGGCUGGCUUCGCAAGCAGCGUCAAGACCAAGCGCACCGGUGUGUCCAGCAAUUCAGUCGUGCGCCGGGCGCCUUACAAGAUCGGGAAGCUUGAGGUGCAACUGCUUUUUGUGCCACGGCCCAAAGGCUCUACGGAUGAGGACAUGCCGAAGAGCAUGAACUCGUGUAUCCGAGAGCUCAAGGUCGCAGAGGAGAGGCUGAGCAGGAACUGGGAGGGUCACUUGAGUCAGCAGGGUGGUGAUUGUCCUUAUUGGCGCCGUCGUUACUUCAAGCUUGUCGGCACGAAACUUACUGCUUAUCACGAGACAACACGCCAGCCUCGUGCAACUAUAAACCUCUCCAAUGCCAAGCGUCUCAUCGAUGAUCGGCGGCAAUUGACGAACCCCGAGACCCUGGGUCGCAAUGGCAAGAGACGCCGCUCCGCCUUCGCGGAAGAAGAGGAAGGCUAUAUGUUUGUCGAGGAGGGUUUCCGAAUCCGCUUCAACAACGGCGAGGUCAUCGAUUUCUAUGCCGACACUCCCGAAGACAAAGACGGCUGGAUGAACGUGCUAGGCGACGUCAUCGGCCGGGGACCUGAAGAUGACGACGGCGCCGGUUCGCCUAACGGCCGCCGGAAGUGGUGCGAACUUGUCCUUAAGCGCGAGGAGGCGCUCAGGAAGCGCGCCGAGGGCAGGCGAGUCCACUCGAGGACGAAGAGUAUGAUUAUCUGAAGAAAUGAGCCGACGGCGCCAACUUUUUUCACGAUUCCAUGCCCCUUGACGGAACGUCAAGCACGCAAACGAGGAAACGACAAUUAUGCCGGAUACGAUUCCACGAUCGAUGAUCCACGCACGAACUCAUGAUCGGUAUCGCGGCGCCACUAGGAGUUCGGCCUUCCUCCCUGCCACAUAUGCAACUCCACCCGUCGACCAGACCUGUCGCGGGGAAACACAUCGCCUCCUAUAUGUCUUCGUCCACUACUCCUACUGCUUUUACGCCCCCUUCCCGUCAGGUUAUGGAAGUGCGGGCCUACCCACCUCUCUUUCUUUCUUGCCAAUCCUCCUUUUCUUUUCUGUCGCAUAACGUACCAUUCAUUGUACAAGUCUGAUUCCCUUUUUUUUCGAUUUCCUUUUCUCGUUCGUUCCCCUCGACCCAAUUCACGACGCGUCUUCGUCGCCGUCCAUCGCUCUCGACACUGCCUUUCCCACACCACGCGAGCCGCGAAGGAU